AAACUUUAACGGAACUUAAUCAUUAAUGUUUAGUGUGGUUAUCAAGGGAAUCACUACUGUAUGGAGUGGAUUUGUGAAUGUUUGCAUGUGUAGAGUGGUGUAAGGUGUGAACCAAGAUUAAGGGUUGCCACAAACAAUGAUCAAUGUUGUGAUGAAGGAGAGAGAUCUCCUGGAGAGGUCCAGCUUAUAUAGGUGCAGCACAGAUGUUCCCCAUCAGUGAUCAUGGCUCCUCCCCCUGCCUGCCAUCCUGCAACUGAAACAAACACACAGAAUCAGCAGACAGGGAGAGGAGACCGUAACACUGAUACAUGUUGAUGCUGAUGACUGUUAACAUAGAGCAUUUGCAUAUCAUAGAGCAGCAUUAUAUCCUUACUCUCUGUCCAUCUGGUUACUGACAUCAUGUUAUUCAUCAUCAUUGAUUAACAACAACACACACUGAUACUUUACUGAUAUGUUCUGUUGUGAUGAUGUUUUAACUUUUCAUUCUCUAUCCUUCAACACAGCUCAAUUGAAAGCUAAAGAGUAUUUACAAAGUGAGAGUCCAGAGGACAAGAGGAGUAGAGAGGAAUCUGCUUGGUUACUUGAGAAUCAGAUGUACAGUAAACUAGUAGACGAGAAAGACCAACUACUAAAAGACAAACAAAAGGAACUAGAGAGAGAGACCAAUCAAAGGAAGGAGUUAGAGAAACAUCUGGAGAGAGGGAAGAGGGAGCAGGAAGAGAAACACAAGGAGACAGAGAAAAAGAGGAAUGAACUUGAAGAAGAGUUACGAGCAUCUAGAGUACAAUUAAAAGAAAGAGAUCGGACACUGGAGAGACUAGAGUGUGAAGGUAAAGAGAGAGAGAAGAGACUGGAAGAGAACGACAAACAACUAGGAGAGAGAGAUGAACUGCUGAAGGAGAGAGACAGACAGGUGGAAGAUGUCAAAAAUGAAAACAUUAAACUUGCACAGCAGAUAUGUGACCUAAACACUGAGGUAGAGAGACAGAGAAAUGAGUUAUCAGUUAAAACCACUGAGAGAGGAGAGAUCUCAGAAGCAGAACCCAAACUACCAAUCAGGAGGAGACGCAGCAGGGAUCCGCCUCCAGAGAUGGGAGGAGAGACCCCAGAUACAGACCCACCACUACCACAGGAUGAAGGUUCUACUGUGGUCCCUGUAGUCAGGAGGAGACGCAGCAUGGAUUACCCUCCACACAUGGGGGGAGAGAGCAGCAGUCCAGACCCUCCAGUGUCUCCCAGUGUGUCUGAGCUGAGACUGGUGCUGCUGGGGAGGACUGGGGCUGGGAGGAGGGCAGCAGGAAACACCAUCCUGGGCAGAGAGGAGUUUGGGGCCCAGGACAGCCCCUCUGCAAUCACCCAGAGGAGCAGGAGGAGAGAGGGGGACGUGUGUGGGAGACGGCUGGUGCUGGUGGACACUCCAGACUGGUUCUGCCCUGGACUCUCUCUGGAGGAGAUGAGACAGGAUGUGGGGCUGUGUGUCCGUCUGUCCGCCCCGGGACCCCACGCCUUCCUCCUGGUCGUACCAGUGGAGCCCUCUGAGGGGGAGGAGAGAGGAGCCAUGGAGAGAAUGGAGGACAUGUUUGGAGAGGGUUGUUGGGGACACACUGUCAUUCUGUUCACCCAUGAUGACAGUCUGAGAGAGCAGAGCAUGGAGGAGUUUCUCCAAACAGGAAGUCAGGACCUCCAGCAGCUUGUAGAGAAAUGUGGGAACAGGUACCACGUCCUCAACAUUAAGGACAGGGCCCAUGGCACUCAGGUCCCAGAGCUGCUGCACCAGGUAGAGGAGAUGGUGGCUGGAAACAGAGAGAGCUUCUACAGCAGUCAGACCUACCAGGAGGCAGAGGCCCAGGUCAGAGAGAUGGAGGGAAAGAUUCAGAGGGAGAGAGAGGAGAAGAUACAGAGGGAGGAGACAGAGAGGAAAGAGAAGUUUGAGACAGAGCUGCAGAACUCUCUGAAGAAGAUAGAGGGAGUGAUCCAGGAGCACGAGGGAGACAUCAGAACACUCAGACAUCGAACAUCUGAACUGGAGAGACAGGUGAAAGAAGAGAGGGAUGAGGAGAAGAAGAGAGAGCUGGAGAGGGAGCUGAAGAGAGAGACUGACCGGAGAGAGGAGAUGGAGAGAAAGCUGGAGAGAUUUAGAGAGGAGAGAGAGAAUGAGAGGAGGGAGAGGGAGGAGAGACACAAGCAGGAGAUGGAGGAGUUCAGGGAGAACUAUGAAGGAGAGGCCAGAGUUGAAGCAGAGAGAAACCUGAUGAAGGUGGUCCUACCUGAGCUACAGAGGAGCAUCAUGAUCUCACACACUAAGAUGCAGAGAGACUUCAGCAGACAAAUGCAGGAGAAGAAUAGAGACAUGGAGGUGAAGGAUAGAGAGAUGGAGAGACUUAAGUACAAAUUAAUAGAUCUCAGUACUAAGUUUUUAGAUGAAGUCCAUGAAGUCAGUGCAUGGAACAAGUCUCACCUAGGACCAGAGGAGGAGGGGGUGGAGGAAGAGGAGGAGGAGGAAGGGCUUACUGAAACAACUCCUCUCCUUAGAGGAGAGACUGAGCAGCUGACAUAGCCAGAGAACUGAGAUUGUUUCAUACUGUGACGAUGUCUGUACAUAUACUUUUACGCUGUGUAUCUGCCGUUAAACGUGUUAAGAUCCUGGACAAAUGGUCAUUCGGGAAUUCUGUAAUCAUUAAAAAAAAAGAUUUAAGCAUA